CAUCCAGGUCUGCCCUAUAUUUUGUCUUCAGUAUUCCGCAGGCACUAUUCGCGGUAGAAAGGGACCUUUAUUAAUUACUUGAUUAAUGCAAUCGUGUGUUCCAAGUUGCACCAUGCCGUUUCCAUUAGAUUAGAGGGGGCUGGUAUCUUAUACUGUGGAAUUAUGGAAAUCGUGGAGUUAUAGAAUGAGGAUUGGGAUCAUUGGUGUCUGUGAUAAAGGAAGGAAGAUGAGAGAGUGCUGACGCGUGCGCAGCGGCGGGAAAUCGAUCGUGAAAAUUCAGUUUUCCACGGUCGCCAGUCGCGGCAGUUUUUCCGAAGAGGAUGCUGUGAGUGUGCUUCCGGAAAAUCCGUACGAUUUCGAACUUGAGAAGAUGUACGGCUUCGUGAAUUACGCUCUGGAGCUUUUGGUGGUGAAAACGUUUGGAGAGGAAACUUGGGAAACUAUAAAGAAGGAUGCUGACAUUCAAAUGGAGGGCCAGUUUUUGGUCCGACAAAUAUACGAUGAUGAAGUCACUUACAAUUUGGUAUCAUCUGCUGUGAAAAUUUUAGGCAUUCCAGCUGACUCUAUUUUGGAAUUAUUUGGCAAGAUGUUCUUUGAAUUUUGCCAAGAUUCUGGAUAUGACAAAAUUCUCCAGGUCCUAGGAGCUACCCCUAGAGAUUUUUUACAGAACUUAGACGCCCUCCACGAUCACCUCGGAACCCUCUACCCUGGCAUGAAGGCCCCUUCCUUCAGGUGUACCGAAGGACCAGAAGAUGGCGACCUAUUGCUCCAUUACUAUUCGGACAGGCCCGGAUUAGAGCAUAUAGUCAUCGGGAUAGUAAAGACGGUGGCCAGUAAGCUACAUGGUACAGAAGUGUCAGUGGAAAUAAUCAAAACGAAGGAGGAAUCCGAUCAUGUGCAGUUCCUGAUCAAAGAAACCUCAGGAUCUGGAAUGAUUCAAAGAUCGGAAAUAAACGAAACUAAACUUUUGUCCCUUGAGCCCAAAGUUGGAGUGUCGACGUUCUGCAAAGUGUUUCCCUUUCAUAUUAUGUUCGACAGAGACUUGAAAAUCACACAAACUGGAACAACGGUAGCUAGGGUGAUUCCAAAAGUAACAACGGGUGAAUGUCUACUGACAGACAUUCUGGAGGCUGUGAGGCCCCACUUGGAACUGACUUUUGAAAAUAUCCUUUCGCAUAUAAACACAAUUUACGUUUUGAAAACAGUCCCUGGUGCAAUGGAAGUGGACGCUCCUCCUGAGUACAGGCAACUCAGAUUGAAGGGACAGAUGCUGUACGUCGCAGAGACUGAUCUCGUGAUAUUCCUUUGUUAUCCAAGCGUUGUCAAUCUAGAUGAUCUUACAAGGCGGGGACUUUAUAUAAGCGAUAUUCCAUUGCACGAUGCAACUAGAGAUUUAGUUUUGAUGUCUGAGCAAUUCGAGGCAGAUUAUAAACUCACGAGGAAUCUGGAAUUCCUAACUGACAAACUACAACAAACAUACCGGGAGCUUGACAGUGAGAAGAAGAAAACAGACAGGCUGCUGUAUUCUGUCCUUCCUAUAAGCGUAGCUAACGAGCUGAGACACAAACGUCCAGUACCAGCCAUGAGAUACGAAAGCGUUACACUUUUAUUUUCCGGUAUCGUUGGAUUUUCCGCUCUGUGCGCCGCGAACACAGACGCCAAAGGAGUCAUGAAAAUAGUCAAGAUGCUGAACGAACUGUAUACACAUUUCGACAUACUGACAGAUCCCAAAAGGAAUCCCAACAUUUAUAAGGUGGAGACUGUGGGCGAUAAGUAUAUGGCUGUUAGUGGACUACCUGAGCCAUGCCCGACCCAUGCUAGAAACAUAGCCAAACUGGCCUUGGACAUGAUGGAUUCUGUCAAGAAGGUCAUUCUGGAUGAGGAACCAGUGAAAAUCACCAUCGGCAUUCACUCUGGGGAGGUUGUGACAGGUGUCAUUGGACACAGGAUGCCCAGAUACUGCCUGUUCGGCAACACUGUCAAUUUGACCAGCAGAACAGAAACCACGGGUUGUCCUGGUAAAAUUAACGUCUCAGAAGAAGCUUAUAGGUUCUUGUGCCAAGAAGACAAUUUCGAUGAAGAGUUUGUGUUCGAUUAUAGGGGACCGGUGUCGAUGAAGGGUAAAUCAGAGCCCAUGGACGUAUAUUUUUUGUCUAGAGCUUGAAUUUUAUCAAUUAUUUGUUGAUCUAUCGAUGUUGUACGUGAAAGAUCAGAUAAAAAU